AUGGUCACAUCCAAACCAGGAAUCAAGUUAAGAUCAAGAAAUGGUUGUUUAACAUGUCGUGAUCGUCACAUCAAAUGUGAUGAAAAUUUACCAGUUUGUAACAAUUGUAAAAAAUCAAACAAAACAUGUAAAAGAGGUUCAAGAUUGAAUUUUUUGAAGAGUACAGUUUAUGAUCCAAAAAUUCCAACUAAUUAUGAAACUUUUAAGAUUGUUGAUCAAUCAUUUACAAUACAUAAAUUUUAUAAAUUCAACAAAUUUCAUAAUUUUACAAACUGGUUCAAAUAUCAUUCACUUGAAGAAUUAUUUGAAAGUGAUGAAGAAUUUGAAAGAAGUUUAGAUUUUAUAAAUGAUCAAUUGAACAAGAAUCAAUUAAGAUUGGUUUCCAUAGUGGAAUUAAUAAAUGAAAGUUUCAAUAUUAAAAAAUUCUUAAACAAGUUGUUGGUGAUUCAAUUACCAUCAAUUGAUCAUUCAUUAUUCACAUUUGUUUCAUUACAGAGGACAUUAUUAUUACAAUCUUUCAAUAUGGAAUUAGAAUUCAGUGAACCAAAAUCAAUUGAAAAAUUAACUGUUAAGGAUUUCCAAAAAUAUUGUAAUUUUUUGGAUACUCUGGAGUUAAAGUCUGAAAGAUUUGAAACACAUUAUAAUAUAUUAUUAAAUUCAUUAAAUUUAGCUAUGAAAUUGAAAAAAAUUAAUGUUUUCGAAGGUGAUUCACAAAAUGAUGUUUUUUUGAAUAAACUUAAUAUGAUUACAACAAAUGAACAUCUACAAAAUUUUGAUAAUUUGAUGUAUUGUUUUGAAAUUUGGUUAUUAGAUUUAAACAAUUCAAUUUAUACCAAUACUGCACCAUAUUUCAGUGUUAUUUAUGAUGAUCGUGUUGAGUUUUUAUUAAGCAAGAUUUUACAUUUGAAUUUGUUUAAUGAUUUGAAUUAUUUCUUGAUUAAAGUUUUAACAACAAUAUUAAAGUUGAAUAAUGUUUAUAAUGAAUCAUCAACUCAUCUUUCUCAAAAUUAUGAAUUAUUUUUAUUAAUAAAAGAUUUGAAAAAUUUUGAAAAUAAUCAUUUCUUAUCAAUGUGUUUCCCAAAGAUUCAAGAUAACCAAUUAAAAUUUGCAAAUUUGAAAACAAGAAAAUUCCAUAUUUGGUAUAAUUUUACAAUUGUUUACAUUUUAACCAAAUUUCACGUUUCUUCAGAAAUGAGGAAAAUGUUAUUUACAGAUACAGUACUAUUUACAUUUUGGGAUUCAUUUGAAGCAAAUCCAUUCAAAAGAUUAUCAUUUUUAAUAACCAAUUAUGAUUAUGAUAAUGAUCCAUUUAUGAAAUUUUUGAAGAAUUAUCAAAUCUUUGAUAGUGAUGAACUAUUAAUUGAUGUUUAA